AUGAAAGCAAAUCUAUUUUGUCUAAUAUUUCUUAUAUUCUGUAAUGAAAUUCAUCGUCUCAUUGCAUUAGAAUGUUAUUCAUGUUUAAGUAUAAAAUCAAACACAACUGGUUGUCACGACAAAUUUUAUUAUAAUGAAACAUUGAUUUCAACUACCGAUCUUCGAAAUUCAGAUGCUAUUUGUACAAAAAUGAUUGGUAAACUUGCUGAUGGUACUAAAUUUACUUUUCGAAAUGCAAGUUCUAUUGGUUGUCCAAAAGAUCUAGAAAAUUUUAUUAUCGUUGGUAAUGAUAAUCAUCUUCGAAUUUCUCGUCUUGAAAUUUAUUGUUGUAACAAAAAAUUAUGCAAUAGAACUACUGGUACAUAUUAUAUACAAUCGAAUAUGCUUAUUUUAAUUGUCUUGAUAAUUAAUUCAAUGUGUCAUUUUCAUGAGUUUUUUGUAUAA